AUGGAGGGUUCUUUUGGGAGAUGUCUUUCUUCCCGCUUGUUCACAUUUACUGUUGGUGAAAACAAGAAGGAAGUGACCGUGCAUUCUUUUGCUUUGGCAGGACUCUCACAGCCCCUGGAUACUCUAAUGAACGGCGAAAUGAUCGAGGCAAAAUCCAGACAUGUUGACUGGUCGGAUGUCGAUGAGGACACGUUUGCUCGGUUAUGUGAAUUUGCAUACCUUCGAAACUACACACCCCCGACAUUUCGCUUGAUCGAUGGCAAGUCUCCUUCCACAAAGGUUACAGAGACCCCAAAGGAGAAGAGGAAACGCAAAAAGAACCGCUCAAACUUCAACUGGAACGACUCUCUAAUGGAGCUUGCACCUCCACCCGAGCCGGAACCCGAGCCGGAGGCUGUGCCAGAGGCGCCUCCAUCCGAAGACGCCUGCGACGAUCCAGAAAUCCCAUAUAAAGAGAAAAGCGUCUGGACUGGGCAAUUACUCGACGCAUUUAAACGGAGCCUAGUCGUUCCCAGUCCGCAAAUCACCGACUUAAACUAUAACUUCACACCACCUGAGAAUACCGGGUCCUGGGAAGACUUCACCCCUGUGUUUCUCAAACAAGCUCAACUAUACAUGCUGGCCGACAAAUAUUGCAUAGACUCACUGUGCCAGCUGGUACUUUCCAAAUUGCAUCAGACAUUAAAAAGCUUCAAACUUUAUGAUACGGGAGUGAGUGGUAUCAUUGAACUUGUUCGAUUUGUCUACAUGAAUACACCGCCAAAUUGCGGUGAAAAAGUUGAUGCCAUGAGGAAUUUUGUAACACAUUACGUUGUUUCUGUUCUUGGUCAAAUUGGUGAGAAUGAAUGUUUCCGAGAAAUUUUAGAAGAAGGCGGUCCUUUCGUCAGUGAUUUCUGGCACACCAUUUGGGGUAUUGAGGAAAACUCUAGCGCAUGA